CACGUAUGCAUGCAUGGCUCUGAACCUAUGAACGAUGAAUACAGCCACUGCUUAGGUCGUGUGCGGCACCCUUGCAUGCCUCCCAGUCACUCGGGCGGCUGCCUGUUUCUGAGAGCAACACAUCUGUCUGUCUGUCUGUCUCUUCUCUGUUUCAUUCAUUUCGCUACAUUUCGCCACAUUCGCGAGUCGUCCUCCCUCCCUUACAUCCGUAAGUGUCCUUCAUUAAUUCUCCACGAACGAACGCGAAAAACUACAGUGCAUACCAAACAUGUUCUUUCCUUUCUCAUGCGACCGACGCAAAAAGUGGCGGCCCGCCAAAACAUACGACCGACGUCCUGCUCAUUGCAUGUCGACUGACCUAGCCACCCACCUAUAUAUGUGCUGGCUGGACUACACAUCUACCACCCACCCAGCCACCCACCCAUCCAGCCACCCACCACACGGUCUGACUGUCUAUCUAUCUCGAGCUCACGGCAGACUUGACCCGCAUCCCAGGUCCGUCAGUCAGGUUCUUGCUCCUUCUUGUCUUCGUGCUCGAGGCGGUCGAUGAUAUAGUCGACGACCCUCUGGGCGCCCUUGCCCCCCUCCUCGGUCAGCAAAAUGUCGUCUUGCAUGGUCCUGACAAACUUGUCUGUCGCUCGGUCGUAGUACCAGAAGCUCCAUCUACCGCCGGCAACAGUCGCACACUGCUUGAUGUCGUGCACGCGCAUGAGCCACUUGAGGUCGGCCGUCACCUUCUUGCACCCGUCAGUGAAGUGGACAGCGGCAAACAGCGUCCCGUCGAGCUUGUAGUUCCUGACGGGCACACAGACACAUACACACGUGAAGCCUCUCUGAGAAGGCGCGUUACUUGCUUACCCUUCGCUGUCGGUUAUGAGGGCCGUAUUGAGGCCAUCCUUCUCGAUGAGGUACAAGCCAUACUCAUCAGCGAUUCCAGUUUCGAGAUCGACGUCGCGUUUGUCAUCUGGUCCGUCAGCACACCACACGACGACACGCCAGUCGGUCUGACGAACCAACUCGUGCAUCUGCACCAACGAAGGAAUGACGGUCAGCUGAGCACACUGUCUGUCUGCAUCACGCGAUCUGCCCACCUACCAAGGGGUGGACGUAGUACAUAGAGUGAGUGGCUGUCCAUUGCCGAAACCUCAAUCUGCCCCUCGUGUCAGCCACACGCACCCCAACCGCACCACACACGACAGACAAACCAGUGUCAAUCAAUAGCCUAGGGAGUGCCCCUCUGUGUGUGUUACUUACUUGGAUUGGAUUCCCGAUGCCCCCCUCGGGUGUGCGGCAUCGCAAAAGAACUGACACAGAUCGGCCGGCACCACCACCUUCGGCAGCGGCUUCUGGCGGUUCGCCAUCACCGCCUGCGACUUCGUUGGCGGAAGUGCAGAAGACACUGAAGCCUCGACAUGAGGAAGGUGUGGCGCCUGCUGAAACGAGGACAUUCACGUGUACACACAUGCACACGCACAAAACUGUGCAUCCGUGGUCUAUGAAUCCGUCAGUUGCCAUCAACGGCCGCACCUGGUUGUCUGAGUCCAUCGAAGUGGCCUUCUGUUCACGCCUGAUGGCAGAUCUGACAUGCCGAUGAUGCGGUCUGCCGCUGCUGAUGGGCGGUGCUGCAGGGAUGAAGGAAGAGGCUUGCACAGGACAUUUCUGGAGCACACAGGCCAACCACACCAGUCCAGCACAAACAUCACGAAGGGAGAGCAUCCUGUUGCUUGCUUCUCCUUUUCAUGCCACGGUCGAAU